GAACCAAGGUUAGGGUCAGAAGGACGGCGAAAUGAUCUCGGCCGAGCUGAUAAGAUGAGAUUGCUUACUGUCGAGUCAAAACCCCCUUGGUUUUUCGAGUCAAGCACUCUCGCUCGAAAACAUGCCUCGACAACCUCUUUGGCUUCGUUGUGAAAAGAAGGAAUUCGAGCGUCGCGCGGCGCUGACCCCGACGACUGCCAAAAAGCUCAUCGAUGCCGGCUUUGACAUUUAUGUCGAGCGCGAUCCCCAGCGCAUCUUUGACGACGAGGAGUACGAGAAGGUGGGGUGCACACUGGUAGAACACAACUCGUGGCCGUCCGCACCGGUGACCACGCCCAUCAUCGGCCUGAAGGAGCUCCCCGCGUCCUCCGACCCGCUUCCGCACACGCACAUCCAGUUCGCGCACUGCUACAAGAAUCAAGCUGGCUGGGCGUCCGUCCUCGGCCGCUUCGCACGCGGCGGCGGCACGCUCUACGACCUCGAGUUCCUCACCGACGAAAGCGGACGGCGGGUCGCCGCUUUCGGGUACCACGCCGGCUUUGCGGGUGCCGCGGCGGGCGCGCUCGCCCUCGCGGCGCAGAAGGGCGGGAAGAAGCUGGGCAGGCUCGAGCCAUACGAGAACGAGGCAGCGAUGGUGGCCGACGUGAAGGAGAAGCUCGGCGGGUCGGGGAAGGGUGUCAAGGCACUCGUCAUCGGUGCGCUGGGCAGAUGCGGACGAGGGGCCGUCGACCUGCUUCGCAAGGUCGGGCUCGACGAGGAUGAUAUCCUCAAGUGGGAUAUGGCCGAGACGGCCAAGGGCGGACCCUUCCAGGAGAUCCUCGACGUCGACAUCUUCGUCAACUGCAUCUACCUCUCCUCGCCCAUACCGCCCUUCCUCACAGAGGAAUUCAUCCAGGCCGCCGGUCCGUCGCGUCGCGUCGCAUGCGUUGUCGACGUCAGCUGCGACACAACGAAUCCACACAACCCGAUUCCAAUCUAUAGCAUCAACACCACCUUCUCCGAACCGACGGUCGAUGUGCUCGUCGGGGGCACACCGGCUAACCCGCCACUGACUGUCGUAUCGAUCGACCACCUGCCGACGCUACUCCCGCGAGAGGCGAGCGAGCAGUUCUCGAGCGAUUUGCUUCCGAGCUUGCUGCAGCUCCCGCAGAGGGACACGGCACGGGUGUGGACGGACGCGAAAAAGCUGUUCCAGGAGAAGCUGGCGCUCGCUGUCGAGGCGGAAAGCACCGCACAGUGAGAACAGUGCGCCUAGUUCUGCUAUACAGAAGGCAAAAUAUCGGAGGCGCCUCCGACGUGUUUGAACGGCAUCUGCACGUCAUGCUGGUGCUGGUUCAGAUGUAUACAUAUAAUUCAGUUGUCGACUAGACAAUGGAGCUGAAUCGCUUCCGCAUCGCCUCAAUAUCUUCAAUCUUGCCAGCCUCGUUGUACUUCUUGUAAUUUUCGACCACAUCUCCGGCAAAGAUGUGCAGGUUCCCCGUCUUGAGCCCGUCUACCAUCUUGGCCGUGAAUUCGUCGAGAGGCAUCCAGAUCCUCGACAAUCGGUCCGUGGUGCCUUCAUGGUCAUGCAGCUCGCUCUCAACCAACGGCGGGAUGAUUUCAGUGAUGUGAACAUUCGUGCCGUAGAGCUGCGAGUUGAGAGAUAACAUGAAGCUGUGGAGGGCCGCCUUCGUGGCGCAAUAGUUAGGGAUACCCGGUAGGGGGCGCAACGCGAGGCCCGAGGUAACUGGGAUGAUGAACGACGGGCGACCGCUUGCGCUGAGCUUGAGGAAAUGCGGUAAGAAGUAGGUGAUAAGUGUGACCGGAGCGGUGUAGUUCGUGUUCAGCUCGCUCGCAAAGUGAGCGAAGUUGACGGACUCCGGGUUUGUGAAGUCGAACGCUCGCUGGAUGCCGGCGUUCAAAAUAACAGCGUCGAUGUCUGGAAACUUGGCAAUCGCGCUGUCCACGAACGCCUUCAGGUCCUGGGUGUUCGCGUCGAUGUCGACGCGGAGGUGCUCGAGCUUCUUUCCCUGGUGCUGUUGGGCGAUCUCGCGAAGACGUUCUUCCCGCCUGCCGGUGAUUAUUACCGUGGGCGAUUGAGGCAGGUCGAGGAGGGCGAGGGCAAGGGCGCGUCCGAUGCCCGACGUGGCGCCGACAACGAAGAUGCACUUGGCGUCUUGGAUGUUCG